AUGGACAGAAUAUUAAACUUUAACGAACCACUUGAUGUCAAUCUUUUGGAUCAAGUAGUUCAUGCAAUGUACUACUCUAAAUCUCCAGAGAGAGAAAUGGCACAAACAGUAUUGGGACAAUUCCAAGAGCACCCAGAUUCAUGGAUGAAGGUUGAUUCGAUUCUUGAACACUCGAGAUCACAAGAGACCAAGUUUUAUGCACUUUUGAUUCUCGAGUCGCUCAUCAAGUUCAAAUGGAGAGCUUUACCAAGAGAACAAUGCGAUGGUAUCAAAAACUAUAUUGUCAGUGUCAUCAUUCGUAUCAGUUCCGAUGCUGGUUCAUUUGCUCGUGAAAAAGGUUUCCUUAACAAAUUAAAUCUUAUCUUUGUUCACAUUUUAAAGAAAGAAUGGCCAAAUCACUGGUCUAGUUUUAUUCCAGAACUUGUCAGCAGUAGCAAGACCAAUGAAUCACUUUGUGAAAACAAUAUGAAUAUUUUAAGAUUACUCUCUGAAGAAGUAUUCAACUUUUCCGAAGAACAAAUGACUCAAUCUAAAAUUGCUCAAUUGAAAUCAAGUUUUGAAAAGGAAUUUUCAUUAAUUAAUCAAUUGUGCCAGUAUAUUCUUGAAAAUGCUACAAGACCAUCCUUGAUCAAAGCAACUUUAGACACUUUACAUAAAUUCCUUUCAUGGAUUCCUCUACACUAUCUUUAUAAUAGAGAUAGCGCAAUACCUGAACCAUCCAUGUUGGUUCAAUUAUUAUUAUUUAAAUUUUUCCCAGAACCAAUGUUUAGAAAUUCAACAUUAAAAUGUUUAACUGAAAUUGGGUCACUAUCACUUACUUCAGAAUAUGAUUCAUUUUUCGUUCAUAUCAUUGAUCAAUUUAUGAACAAAAUUAAAGUUAUCAUUCCAAAACCAUCAUCAAUUCCAGAGGCAUACGAAGAUGGAGACAAGAAUGAACAAGAUUUUGUACAUCAAUUGACAAUGUUUUUAACUGGAUUCUUUAGAGCUCAUCUCAAGGUGAUGGAAUCACCACUCAACAUUCCAUACUUGACAUUGGCACACGACUACUUGAUCAACAUCUCCAACGUGGACGAUGUCGAGAUCUUUAAGAUUUGUCUCGAGUAUUGGAACUUUUUGUCACAGAACCUCUACGUAGACAAUGCUUCGUACACGUUGUUGACCACACCACCACGUCUCCUCUUGUACAAGAGCAUCUUGGCAAGAGUACGUACCGUCUUGAUCAGCAAGAUGGCCAAGCCCGAGGAAGUCAUUGUCGUCGAAGACGAGGAAGGCAACAUUGUGCGUGAGAUGACCAAGGACACUGACUCGUUGACAUUGUACGAGAGCAUGCGUGAGACACUCGUCUUCCUCACCAACUUGGACGCUGAAAACACCCAGUCCAUCAUGUUGGAAAAGUUGGACAUGUUGGUCAAGAACCGCGAGUGGUCGUUUAGCAAGAUCAACACGUUGUGCUGGGCAAUCGGCUCGAUCAGCGGGUCGCAGACCAAGGAGCAGGAGAAGCGGUUCCUCGUGACCGUCAUCAAAGAGUUGCUUGAGCUGUGCCAGGUCAAGAGUGGAAAGGACAACAAGGCUGUCAUUGCCAGUGACAUUAUGUACAUUGUCGGGCAGUACCCACGUUUCCUCAAGGAUCACUGGAAGUUCCUCAAGACCGUCGUCAACAAGUUGUUUGAGUUUAUGCACGAAUCUCAUCCAGGUGUUCAAGAUAUGGCCUGUGACACCUUCCUCAAGAUUGCCAAACAAUGCAAGAGAAAGUUUGUCAUUGUCCAAGUCGACGAACCAUCCCCAUUCAUCAGCGAACUCCUCAACCAACUCCACGUCACCAUCUCGGAUCUCGAACCAAACCAAGUUCACACCUUUUAUGAAGCUGUUGGUUGUAUGAUUAGUUCUUCAACUGAUAUUCCACUUCGUGAUAAAUUGGUAAACAAAUUUAUGGAAUUACCAAAUCAAUCUUGGCAAAUGAUUAUGAAUAGAGCAUCAGAAAAUGUUGAAAAUUUAUACAAUAUCGAUGUUACAAGACAAUUUGUUAAUUUGUUGAAAACCAAUAACAAGGCAGCAUCAUCAUUGGGUCCAUGUUAUUUGAUUCAAAUUACAAAGAUUUAUUUCGAUCUUUUAAAUGUUUAUCGUACCUAUAGUAGUUUCUUGUCAAAGAAUCCAAAUCAAACACGUACUUCUUUGGGUCUUGGUAUGAAGUCUGUGAAAAAGGAGGCAUUAAAACUUUUAGAGACAUUUAUUGAAAGAUCUGAAGACAAGUCUAUGAUUUAUCAAAAUUUCAUUCCACCUCUUUUAGAUGCCGUCCUUGGUGACUACCAAACCAAUACCCCAGAAACCAGAGAACCAGAGGUAUUAUCACUCAUGGCUGUCAUUGUUACAUCACUCAAACAAUUGGUUCAUCCAGACAUUCCAAAGAUCCUCGAAGCUUGUUUCGAAUGUACUCUUAGUAUGAUUACAAAGAACUUUGAAGAUUUCCCAUACCAUCGUAUCAAUUUCUUUAAUCUUAUUCGUUCAAUUAAUUCUCAUGCUUUUGUUGUAUUCCAAAAAUUAUCAGCACAACAAUUUAAAUUAUUAGUUGAUUGUAUUGUUUGGGCAUUUAAACAUACCGAGAGAAAUAUUAGUGAGACUGGUUUGAACAUUCUAAAGGAAUUGAUUGAAAACGUGUCCAAGGUUCCAGAGAUUGCCAAUGUCUUCUUUUCAACCUAUGUGGUGUCACUUUUGACCGACGUUCUUUACAUCUUAACAGACUCUUUCCACAAGUCUGGUUUUUCAUUGCAGUGUGAUGUUAUCCGUGCCAUGUUUAUCGUCAUUGAGAAUGGAAUUGUCAAGGUGCCCAUCUUUGACCAAGAAGCAGCCGCUCAGAUGCCAAACCUCACCAACUCUAUUUAUAUACGUGAGGUUGUCACCAACUACCUCUCAUCAUCGCCCAAUGUUACAAGACAGCAGGUCGCAACAAUGGUCCAAAAAAUAUAUUCAUUGACCAAUGUAAACGCUACAGAAUUUAAAUCUGCUGUCCGUGAUUUCCUUAUCAAUUUGAAGGAAUUCCAAGGAGAAGGCGUCGAUAACAAGGAACUUUAUAUCGAAGAAUUAAACGCAGAAAAGGAAGCUGCCCUUAACCGUGCAAGAGCUAUCCCAGGCAUGGUCAGACCAAACGAAAACGAAGAAAUGAUGGAUUAA